AUGGCAGCAAAAAUCCCUAAAGAUAUAAUACUUAGAAGUGGGAAAAGAAUUCAGGCGAUAAACAUAAGACUUUCAAAUAUUAAUAAGACAACAUUACAAUUCGAGAGAAAUCUUUCUGUUUCCGAGUUUGCACAGCUUUCGGAAGCCUCAAAUAAUUUUACGACAAGAGCCUUGACAUGCGACAAACAGCCUAUGUUGGCCUUGUCUUGA